AAGUUGCCGGCGGUGAAAGCUUUCAUCGCCCCAAUGGCAUUUUUAUAUAAAGGUAUACAUGUUUCGUAAAACAGAUCUGGGCAUCUAAUUUUUACAGAAUCUUUGAACGAAUGAUUGGCACAAAUGGACUUGUUUAAUCGAAAUCGGAAUAAAUAUAGUAAGGAUGCAUGUGGUAAUAGUUCUAUGACUCCAUCAGAGAAAAGCGAUCAAGACCAAGAUGACUAUUCAAGUAGAAGUUUCAGCAGUGAUCAAGACAGUGAUUACGAAAGUGAAUACGGGAAAGAUUAUUUUGAAAAUAAGUAUGAAUUAAAUUGAUAUGAAUAUUGCAUAUUGAUUUAGUUUAGAGACGAUAAACAUUAAAAUACAAUUUCCUUAUAAUUUAUAUAAUUAAUUAUUUUUAAAAAAAAUCAAUUAAAAAAAUGACAAUGAUCAUCUGACAUUGACAUUAGUACUUCGAAUUAGUGACAUCAUAUUAAAUGUAUAUUCUUAUUACUAUAUGUAUAUAUAUAAUAUUAUAUAUAUUAUAUAGCCUACUAUACAAUUAUAUUAUAAUAGAAUAAUAGUACUCUUGUUGAUUUAUUUGACAUUAAUUUAAUUUAUUGAUAGUUUUUCUCUGGAAAUUAUUACAAAACCAAUUUGUUAAAAACCAAUUUGUAAGAGUAAGAGGAAAUGUUGGUUGAACAGAAGUUUGUUCUGUUUUUUCUAAUAAUAAUGAAAGUUUGUUGGAAUUAGAGAGCAGAAAAAAUGAAAAAAAGCCAACAAAAAUAAAUCUUAUUUAUUAAAAGUUUACAUUUCCUCAACUCCUCAUUUGCACAUUCCCUUAAAAAAAAGCUCUAAAAAAAGAUAACCAUUGAAUACAAUUUUUUAUUUUGAAUAAAUUUCAAAAACUUCUGUACUAACUCUAAAAAACUUCUUUUCUAACUUACAACUUACUUCGGUUCAGGCAACAUUCCAUUGUCCAAAUUGAAUUUGAACUAUAACUAAUUGGUUUUGUUCUAAUUUCAGGAUUAUCCUGUGUCAUAUAGCACAUCAAUCUACACUAAAAGUUAAACAGUGACUACCCUCACAUCACACAAUGAAGUAGUUUUGAAGUUCAUAAAAAAAUCACAUCAUCAUAAUGAUUAAAUAGAGCAACACACUUAUUCAUGUAUUUAAUUUAAUUAUAUAAAGAAAUAAUUUUAAAGAAUAUUUUGAACAUGUAGGCUCAAAAUUUCUAUUUAAAAGACCUACAUUUUUACUUUAACAAGAUUCAUUAAUAGUUUUCUCAAUUCAAUUAUUUAAUUUCACUUUUAAAAAAAAUUUGGUUACAUAGUAACUUGUGAUUAAUGUUUACAUUUAAUUCUUGUUAAAGGAAAGUUGGUUUUCAAGUUGAUGUGCUUCAUUUGAUUAUGACAAAUGCAUUUUUAAUUGAAUUUGUUCAAUGAUUUACUCUCAUGGUAAAUUGUUUAAUAGAUCCAGCUGUAUAUGUCAUGGUUAAAUUAUAUGACAAUAUGAUGCUUCUAAUAAUUUGGAAACCAGAAAACUCCUCACUUGUCCUUGAAUGUAGAGUCUCUUGAAUUCAACUGUGUUACUUACUAUCCUUCACUUUUCAAGAGAAAAGGUAGUAAAGAGAAUAGCAUCAGACCUUUGAUCUUACAUCCUCAACACUUAAGGCAUUGUAUAGCUUUUUGUAUAGCAAGCAGUAUGCCACUGACUUGUUUAAAAUAAAUGCAUAAAAUAUACCCGUGAAGACACAAUAACAUAGAACAACCACUAUAUUUAAAAUGAAAACAUAUUGCUGUAAUUUUUGCUGAAUUUGUCAUCAUACCAGAUAUGUCCCCAUUUUAAAGUCAUCACUGAUAUUAUUUAUAGUAAACUUAAUUCUAAAGAAUUUUCUUUAUGCAUUAACUGCAGUGGUAGAUGCAAUAAAUUUCAAUGGGAUGGUGUGAAAAGAAGAUUUCCUGUUCUGGAAUUUGAUACACAAGCUUUCUUCAAUGAGGACACAAAUUUGAAAAAAAAUGGGCGUAAGUAUGACAGCUUUAACAAAAAAAAUUAUGAUGCCUUACAUUUUCUGAUCAAUUUUUUAAUUUUAAUUGCUAAAAAUUGUUAAGUUUAUAACAAACAUAAUUAAACAUUGAUAAAUCUAUCAAUAAAAUGGUUUAUUUAUAUGGUUUAAUUAUAAUGCAGCCAUUACAGGACUUUAAGUGGGCAUUUACUAAAUAAGGAUUUUAUUUAAGAAAUUUAAAACACUAAAAAUGGAAUGAGAGUUUGAAAUCAGAUUGAAGUUUUUUAUUAAUAGGAAUUUUGGUGGGGAAAUUGCUUUGUAAUGAAAACUUAAUUAUUUGAUGAUUUUGAUGUGAUGCAAUUUCUAGAUUAAUUUUUGUCUACAUUUUGACUAAUGUUGUAAAUACUCUUAAAACUUGUUUUUUCUUUUAGUCCUAUAAAAUUUAAAUAUAUAUAGUUUAUAUAUAUAUUUUUUUAAAAAAAAAAUCUGCUGCCAUUCAAAAUGAAAUUGCAGAAGAUUUUGGCCUGGUUUGUAAAGUAUCAGGCAAUGCUCAAAUCAUGAGAGAUAUUUUGAUGGCCCAUGGAUUUUAUGAGGUAUUUUUUUGUUUUUCCAACGUAAUUUUCACAAAUAAAUCAAACUAUUUUAAAAUGUUUAUUUUCGAUGUAAGUUUCAGUUUGCUCUUACAUUGGGAAUAUGUAAUAUAGUUAUUUAAUACAAAAUAUAUAUUGGCUUCAUGAAAAUCCUAUUUGAAAUGAUGAAAACAGCUUAAAUAUAGAUCUGGUCUCAUAUAUUUUGGCUGAAGAGCAGUUUAGACAUAAAGACCAGGCUAGCAAAUAAAUUUAAAACAAAUUUUAAAAAAAUCACACACAUAAAAUUCAUUCCAUGUUCAUCUACUGAAAUGGUAAAAAAUGUUCAUUUAAUGAAAUGAAAAUAUAUUUUCUCAAAUUUUAUGAAAAGUGCAAAACUUUCUCAGGUCAUGAUAAUUUGGCUUCCCAGCUCAUUUAAUAAACAGUUCGUAGAAUAAUAAUAUGCCAGUUUAAAGUGUUUUUGAACAUUAAAUGAUAUUAGCAGCUCUAAUCUUUUGUAACACAAUGCCAGUGGUGAACAGCAAGCCAUCAAUUGUUUUACAAAAGGUUAAAAUAUUUAAAAGAUUAAAAAAUUAUAAUUAAUUGGUUACUCCACUGUCAUUGGUAUUAAUGUUGAGGGCUGAAAAAUUUAAGAAGCACUGCUGUAACCUAUGAGCACAGCAUGCAAUUUAGACUUUGUUUGUAAAAUGAUUUAAUGAAUGUGUGACACAUGGAGUCUGCAGGUGGCACUUUUUAACUGGAUUUUUUGGACUAAUUAGUAAACAUUUUAUAUGCUUUGGAUAAGGGAGCUGUAAAAUCAAUGGAGAAAAUUUGUUAUCCCUGCCCAAAGAAGUAUCUACAUUAAAUAGUCGUAAAGAUUUAGUUUUGGAGAAUAUAAUGUUUAAUUUAUUUAAAAAAAAUUAACAAUUUAAUUCUAGUAGGAGUAGGAAUGUUAUCUGAAACAUGCCCUUUCAUUUGAAUUUUAGCUACCUCUGUUAAUUUUUUUCGCAUGUGACUUAUGCUAUUUUUAUAUGUUUAGACCCACAGAAGCACAAGAUGCUUUAAUUUGAACUGGGCAGCUAACCAUCCCGGCCCUUAUUACAUUCGUGGUAUGGCACAUUUUCAAACAAUAAAUCAUUUUCCACAGUAAGUAGAUGUCAUUAACUAAUUAGCUACCAGAUUGAAAAACCGGCUGUGGCCGAAUUAAAUCUAGGUCACGUUGACUACGAUACAAACGUUGGCGCUACCAGCGGCUCAUGGCCAUAACAAAAGAAACGCCCUGCUGCUCCCAGUGGCUUAUGGUAGUUAACCAGUUAAAAGAUUUUGUUCAGUUUAUGAAUAUAAUCUGUACUUAAAAGAUUAUUCUUUAUUGAACUUUUCCCUAAUUCCUAAACUAUAAAAUGUUAUACGGGUAUUGAUUUAAAAAUUAUUUUAAUACUCCGCUAACUGUAAUUGUAUAAGAGUUAUUCUAUUAAAAUAUUGAUAAUGCGUGGACAUGACAGUUACUAUUAAUUAACAAACUUAAAUGAUAUAUAUAUAUAUAUAUAUAUAUGGUAUGUGAACAUUUUACAGAACAAAAGAGCUGACGAGAAAAGAUAAACUGUUUAAGAAUGUAAUCAAAAUGCAGAAACUGCACGUAAGUUUUUAACUGGAUAGCUAAUAAAAAAAAUUCCUUUUCAGAGACUCUUUUUUAACCAUCUUAUCACAAAUUACUGUAUUUAUUGGUGUAUAAAACGCCCCCGCGUAUAACAGGCAACUCAAUUUAGGAAGGAAAUUUCAGGAAAAAAAACCUAAACAUUAUAUUGGCGUAUAACACGCACACAUAAUUUGCCCCCUAUUUUCGGGGAGAAAAAGUGCGUGUUAUACGCCAAUAAAUACGGUACGGUAUGUUUGGAAUACAGAAUUCACUUUUUCUACAGAGCUUUCUAACAUAUUAAUAUUAACUAUUGGCUUUGCAUGUGAAUAACAUGAUAGAUGUGUUGCAGGUGAUUCACUUGUUACCAUACAUGUGAUGUGAAGCUUGUUACAUCUAAGGGGGAUAUAACUUGCACAAAACUUGUGUGUAAUUUAGCUGUUUAACAAUUUGCACAAACAAACUUCAAAAAUAAAUAACAAAAAGAAUAAAAUAACCUUUAAAAAAUACUUAUUUUUUUAUUGAUAACCUAAUCAUUUUUUACAAAUUUCUUUAAAAUUCAUUACUUUGUUUUUGGACUUACAAUCAAACACUUUAAUGUCUGUUUGGCAUAAGGUUACAGAGCUAAAAUUUAGCAAACACCUCAGACUAAAGUGGAAGGUUUAAUAUUAUCAAAAUUAGAUGGAAUCUUGCUUGACUAGUCAUGUAGAUAUGUGAAGUGAAAUUUUAGAAUGUGUAACAAAAAAAAUAAAAUCCCUUGCUUUAAUGGCUAGUUAAGAGCAUCAGUCUUAGAAGAAAAUCAAAUUCAACUACAACUUAUUCCUAAGAUUUUUCAAAAUUGCUUUUUAAUCUCAGUAACAGGGGGAGGGGGGGGGGGGGGAAAACAAAAACUAUGUUACCUUUUUUAAAUUCAGUUUUUAAAAAAAAGUGAUCGACGUGCAGCAUUUUGCAAUAGUAACAGGGGGAGGGGGGGGGGGGAGAAAACAAAAACUAUGUUACCUUUUUUAAAUUCAGUUUUUAAAAAAAAGUGAUCGACGUGCAGCAUUUUGCAAGGGUUAUUGUUAUUAUGUAAUGUUUCAGUAUUAUCAGUUUUUCACUCUUUUUAUUAACAUGAAGAAAGAUUUAUUUUCCCUAGAAAAGAGAAUCAUGUCAUGUUGACUGUCAGGAAACAUUUGUAAAUGUGGAAAGCUGCAAUCCCCUUAUCUCCAACGCAACAUUAUAGGAAAUCUUUUUUUCUGUAUCAUACAGACAUUUUCUUUCUCUGCCUCUGUUUUCUUUGCACCUUUUCAUGAAAACAUAAUGAGAGAUUCAUGAGAGUCAUGGUAAAUGGUGUAAGCCAUUAAACAAUAAAGGCACAACACAUAUUGGCCAAUGGAGGCUUAAAACUCAACAAAGAGGUGCAUACUGAGCAUGGAGUUCAAUAAAAAUGGUUGAUUGUAAUAAUGCCAAGAAUAUCUGCAUCAAUUUUUUUUUAUUAUAGGGGAAGGAGCAUUUUGAUUUUGUCCCACAAAGUUUUGUGCUCCCUAAUGAAUACAGAGCUUUUCGCUGUGAGUUGAUCAGUUACUGCUUGUUUCUUUCAUUGUGUCAAAAUGUUUAUAAAACAACUUGUGAUAAUGCAUAAUUACUUUGUAAUAAGAAUAGUUCCAGAAAAUGGAGUUGAAAUAACAUCUAUUCCAAUUUUUUAAAUUAGUGCUAGUACUGUUCAGUUUUGAAAUACAUAAGUAUGGACCUUAAAAGAAAGUGUUUUAACAAAAGAGGCUGAAUUUUGGGGUAUAUUUCUGUUAACCUUGAUUAAAGAUGCAUGCACAACAUAAAGAGAUAAUGUGCAAUAUUCUUUAUCCACUAUUUCCAGCUUACUUUAAGCAAGACAACGGGCCUUUCAUUCUCAAACCCGUUGGUCUAUCUCGAGGUAGGGGAGUUUCUCUCAUUACCAAAGUGAGUAAAGGAGCAAAACAGUUUCAUUUAUCUAUCAUUUUGCUCUUUCUUCUUCUCCUCUAAUUUGUACAUUCUUAAUUAAUAUUGGGAAAUUGUGGAAUUUGAAAAGUGUAAUAACUAUUAGGACGAUUCUUUGCAAACUAUAAGUAUGAAAUUUUCUUGAUAUGUUUACUAGCUAUACUACACUGGCUAUGGGGAUAUUAUUCUGGCUUAUGUACUGGGAUUGUACUAGAGUUACCUACCGCAAAUCAAGGACAAACAAACAAAAUGUCAUCUAUUCUAAUUUUUCUGCAAUAUUUAUGGCUGUCUCAAAAGUCUUUUUAAUAUGAAUGCCUCUAUGGACACUAAUAUUGUUACCCAGACUUCAUGGCCAGUAUACAAGGAAUACCAUUCCAAAGUUGAUUCAUCUUAGUUUUGUUUUUCUCUUGAAAAUAUUAUUGAUUUAAAAAACUCAUAUUGACAGCCAAGGCAAGCCUUGAAGAAAACUGAAACUGGAAAAAGAAAUGUUGUAUGCAAAUACAUUCCUAAUCCACUUAUUCUUAAUGGUGAGUUGUAACAGUGUACCAAACUUUAAGUAAACAUCAGUCAAAAAAGUCAAGUCAUUUUGAAUUUUAAAAAAAUCAAAUGUUGUUCUUUAAAAUUCAUAGCGCCUAUCAUUUCAUAUUGAAAAAUAUCAUAUAAUCAAAGUGUUUAAUGCUAUACCAGGUUACAAAUUUGACCUCCGCAUCUAUGUGGCAGUUACCUCAUUCGAUCCCUUGCUCAUCUAUGUCUACAAAGAAGGAUUAACUAGGUUUGCCACUGUCAAAUAUGAUAUGGAUAGCGGAACUUAUGAAAACCUAUGUAUGCACCUUACCAACUACAGCAUCAAUAUGACCAAUUCUGAUUAUAUUAAGUAAGUAUGCAAUGAAGUGAUCAUCUUUUGUUUAGUUGAUUCCAUCCUCACCAUUCAUUAUUACUUUAACAUCAUGUUAUCACUUACCUUAUUGAAUACAAAGAGAAAGAGGUAUACCCAAAAUUCACUUUGUAGAGGUUGCAAUAUUUGCUUACCACUACCACCCUCAAAUAACUCGAUGUGCUGCCUACUGGUCAUACACUCAGCUGGGCUGGUUAAACCUUUUUAAUGGAACUUUCAUUCCCUGACACAUAAGCUCCCUUGAAGAGUGGUGCAGACCUGUUUACUCUUACGAUUUUGGCGUACAAUGUACGAUUUUGAGGUGUAUAGAUUGUAUAUACUGUAUGUUUUUUUUACUAUGAAUAUAACGUAUUAAAUGACUUUGUGACGAUAUUGUAUGAUUUUAAGAGUUUGAGGGUAAACAGGUCUGGUGGUGAAAGUUUGUCUGGAUUGCACUAUCUGAAGAUUCUUAAAGUUUUAUUUAUAUGUUUAAAUGCAGGAAUGUUGACCCAGCAAUAGAAAAUGUUGGCAACAAAUGGUCCCUGGGUGCCUUGCUGCGGCAUUUACGUUCCAUCGGUAAAGACCCCACUGGUAAAAAGCUUUAAAUAUCUUUCUUUUAAAGUUUAAAAUAUCAAUUUUUACUCAACUUUAACUUAAAUCAUUGCUUGUUUUCAUUUUAAUUUGUAAAGCAUCAAUAUGUAUAGGUCCAAAAAGUGCUUCUAAACCUAAAGUAUAUUUACUGUUAGUAUAUGGUAAAUAUUUAGAAAGAGGGCAUGCAUUCUGAUUGACAGUAUCUAACUUAGUUCAAAUUUUGUCUUAAGCCAUCAUGGUAGAAAUUGAAGAUGUCAUCAUCAAAACAAUCCUAUCAGUGGAAUGGAGAGUUGGCCUUGCCUGUAAGAGAUAUGUACGUCAAGAUAGUAAUUGCUUUGGUAAGUAUAAAGACGUUUGAUUCAUCAAAAAUACUCUGAGACAGACUUAUACAUACCUGUGACACACCUGAGACAAAACUGACACAGACCUGAGAAACACUUGAUACAGACCUUAGAUUCUAAUAUUUUGGUGUCCCUUAACCCCAGGCCCCCCCCCCCCCCCCCCCCCCCACCCUUAACCCCAGGCCCCCCCCCCCCCGACAAAACAUUGUUGGUUGACAUCAAAAUGUAUGGUUGAAGAAGAAAAUAGUUCUGAAUUUUUCACUGGGCCUUAAAAAAAUGCAACUAGCCCAGGAAAAUACUUUCAGUAUACUCUACUGUAACCCUUAUUGAAUAUUUUAGAUACUGUAAGAAAGUUUAAGUUGCAGUAUUAAUAUGGUAAAAGCAUUUCAAAUGGUUUGAUGUAAAGCUGAUACAAAAUGGUACUCUUUGAUUCCUAAUUAUCCCAUUCAGCUUGUUUUGGAAGCACCUGCCUUCCCAUAAAUUUCUCUUUCAUUUCAGAACUUUUUGGGUUUGAUAUUUUGUUGGAUGAGAACUAUAAGGCUUGGUUAAUAGAAGUCAACCUGUCCCCAUCAUUAGGCUGGUAAGUUAUUUUUAAACUCUCUUUGAAUUAGAUAAAAUAAACUUUAUUUCAUUUGAUAAUUUUGCCUCUUGCCAAUAAAAUAACUUUAGACAUAAUCAAGUAAAUUUUCUCAUGGUAUGUUUACAAUAUCUAUUGCCAGGGCAUGUUUUUUAACAAAUUAGAUGUCUAGUAGUAUCAGCCAUAUCAUUGGCAAUAAUCUUAUUUUAUAUAGACUGCUGACCAACUGUACAACAGUAUUAUCCUUCAUAUUUUAAAAAUCAUAAAAAAGUCACAAUGAACCCAUAGUGCAUUUUAAAUGAAUUUCAGUGACACUCCAAUUGAUGUGAAAAUCAAAAGCAAUAUGCUAUGUGAUCUGUUAAAUCUUGUUGGUAGGUACCUUUUAUACAAUUUAUUUUUUAGCACUGUUUCAUAUAUUAGUCAUAGUCAUUAUAUUUUAUCCAACUGAUACCAUUUGCCCUGCUUAAUCUGAAUCAGAGGCUCAUGAUAUGACAUGUCAUAAAAUUAAAUACGUGCCUUUAGAAUUCAAUUAUAUGAGAUUUAUUUCAAUCAUGAUUUUGAACAGAACACUGCUAAAACAGACCUAAUUGUGCCAAAGUCAUAUUCAAAUCAAAACUUAGCUGGCCAAAAAAUUUUGAAAAACACUAACCUUUUAUGAGAAUCUUUUCUGUAUUUAUGUUGAAUGGCAUUUUGAGCGUAUAGAAAAAAAUGAAAAUUUUCUUUUGACCAAAUUGUUUACCCUUCUAAAUAUAAGUUUUUUUAAAUGUAUCACAUUUUGAAUUUUGUUAAUUCCUGGCUUCUUCUCCGGGAAAAGACCCUAUCAUAGUAUAACUUAAAUAUUUCCAUUUAAAACUUUUUGCUUGUGUUAUUUAAAUUUGAUAUGUCUCAUUGUUUAAAUUAAAUUGUAGGCCUUAGGUGCUACUCCCCAUCCAACUAUUUCUGUGGCCGCAAAGAUUAUGGAUUUACUGAUAAACUCAUUGAAAGGAUUCAGGUAGAAUCUGUAUUUCUGUGAUGAAUUUCAUUAGGUUAUUUAAUUCAUUGUCAUCAAAACAUGUGCAAAAUGUCAUUAAGUUCUUUUAUUCAUUGUCAUCAAAACAUGCGCCAAAUUUCAUUUUGAAGGUAUGUUAUAAACUCCUUGCUGAGACAUACAAACAUUGUGGUUUAAAUAAAUCUCUGCUACUUAUGGACUAACUAGUUUUAUAAAAUAUUUACACUUGUGUUAUUAUUCUAGGACCUUAGAUUGACAUCAGAAUAAAGCUAAUUAAAGAAUUUGUUUAAAAAUUGUUACUACCAACUCAAGGCAGUGAUUCAGACAUUUAUAAAUAUUAAUUAUGUGAUUUAAUGAUGUAGUGAUUUAAUUCAAAGAACUUGCAGUCAAAUUUCUACUUAAUUUACUAUUAAUGUUGUUAAAUUUGACAUAAUGUGCUUUAUGAUACUAUCUAUAACACAGGUGACAGUUGGCUAUUACUAUUAUUCAAAAUGCAGAGAACUGAUUCACUUGGUCUUUGGUUUGCAUAAUGCAAAGAAACAAUUCAAAAUGCUGGUUGCUGAGGAGAAAGAGGUAAACAUUGUUUUUUUAUAUUAUGUUUUUGUUACACAUAUCUGAAAAAAUUAUGGUUUACAAGGGAUGUUUUCAAGUUAAGAAAAAUAUACUGAGCCCUAUAUCAAAAUACAGUGAAAAGCAUAGUGAUUUACUUUAAUAAGUGUUAAGUUAUACCACUUAAAUCCCAUAAAUUAAAUGUUUUCACAUGAAAUUCUAUUGGAUAUUUUUAUGUUAUCACACACAAAAACUAUAUUAUUCUUGUAUAGUAAAAUUCUAUAAUAGCUUUAUAAAAACAAAGGUCCAUGAUAAAAUAAAAUAUGUCUGCAAAUGAUUAUAUAUAAAACCCUGAAUAACCAAACUGUGUAAAUAGACAUUAAUAUUUGUUUAUGCAAAGUUUAUGCAUGAUGCAACAUUAAUUAAGGCUGUUUUAUGCUUAUUUUUUCUAUCAUGUGAAUGCUUAAAGAUUUAAUUAAAAUAAAAAAGAAUUAAUGACAGUUAAAAUGUUUCUCAGAGGCAUGCUUCUGAACGAGAUAAACAGCCAAAGGUAGAGAAUCAUAAAAGGGAGCCGGCCACCCUCACGCUAACUCUAAGCCCUAAAGAAAUAGAGAUGAUUCGUCAGGUUAGAGAGGAAGAAACCAGAUCUGGAGGCUGGCAGCGAGUUUUUCCUACAGCAGACAGUUGGGACAAAUACUGGUAACAAACAUUGUUUAUUUAAGUUCUUUAUAAAUAAUAUUUUUUAAGUUGAAUAUUCUCUAAGGAAAUCUAAGUAGUUUCUACUUCAAUUAUUUUAUAAAAAAAUUAAACAAUUUUUUUAAUAAUGUUAUUCACUGUAAUCCAUAGGGGAUUCUUGUCUUUUCCUACAAGAAAUAAUCUUAUAUUACACCAAAGACUUUUUCCAGAAAUGUAA